GGCGCAUUUAGUAUUGUCUAUGCCGGCUAACAUGCAACAUCCCGUGGACGUCGUGUUACGUUGUUAAAGUCGUCGUUUUUUUUUCUUCUCCGCACAUAAGCGUUUUCUCACAGAAAACAUUCAGACAAAACAAACAAAUGUUUCAUUGAAAAACAAAACAGACGAAAAGAAGAAGAAAAAAAAAACGCUUACCAAUCAAACAAACAACCCCUCUGCCGUGGAAGAAGAAAAUAAAAAUAACAACAACAGAAAAAAUACAAACAAAACAUUGUUAGGCUCUGCAAACCUGUUCCCCAAAAUAAACAGCCGACAAGUUGAGAGACGCGCGUAUCUAUCUGCCCGCUGCCGUCAAAGUCACAGGUUUUUGUGUGAGUGAGUGAGUUAGUGCGUGUGUGUGUGCAACAAAGUUUCAAUUUUUUUUUGGCUCUUUUGUUGUCGUUUUCAAAUGGAGACGACCGAAAAACAUCAUCCAAACGUUUAGAAGAAUUUGCCAAACAAAACAAUCGGAUCGGAGCUAAGUUUCAGCUUCCAGACGGGAGAGUGUAACGCGACUUGCCCACCUUCCAAGCAACCAACUAAAUGACAAGUAAUUAGUUCUGUUAUCCUGAAUCGAGUUGAUAUCGUCUCGUCACGUCAACAUCAUCGCCAUCAUCACGGUAGUUAGUACGUCUUUGGUCCUCUGUCGACGCGACGACCGACCUAUGUAUGUUUGUGGCUGUGUCAGUGCCAGUGUUUGUGUCCGCCGAAAUCCUCUUUUUGUUUUUGUUGUAUCUCUCAUUUGUGUUUAUGUUUCCGUUCAUUAUUAUUAUGGUUUUUUGUUGCAAACUCCGGCCGCCAAGUCAAGUCAAUUGAUCGGAAACGGGUCCCAAAAAGUGCAAAAUUCUAAAAGAAUCCAAACCAAACAAAAAAAAAAGAAGUGCGCCGAAUAAAACAAAUACGAAAACAUAUAACGGUGGUGUACUCAAUUUUUUCUUGUAGUGGAGCACAGUAACCGGGCUAUUGGAGUCAGCGACAACAACACAACUUGUAAAAAUUACAACAACAAAAAAAGAUAAAACAAAAAUAAGCAAAUUUCUCCACGUUCCAUGCGGUUGUUUUUCGCAUUUCCUUUUGUUACGACUUUCAUAUGUUGUUGUAUCUCUUGGCUGUUGUUUUAGCCAUUGCUCCACAAAUACAUGUAAACAUCCGUUAAUUGUGCGGUGCUGUUUUAUAUUCUGCGACAACAAACAAACCAAAAAACAAAGAGAAGAAAUAAAAACAACAACAACAUCAAUGAAAACGUUCUAUAAAUGAUUUAUUUUUGUUUUGGGUUCUUUGCACAAGAAAAAAAUUUGAUUUUUUUUUAAAUACCAAUUAAUAUUUUCAAUAAUAGGAGCAGUAGCAGCAGCAACAACAACAACAACAAUAAAGUACAAAGUGAAAAAUAAUUAAUUCCAUGGAACCUUAAAAAGUCGAUUUUUUCCAAAAAUAUAAAGAAAGUAUCUUCCCCGCCUCUCCGCAUCUAAAAAAAUAAAAUACUUCAAAAAAAAAAAAAAAAAAUAUUAAACCAAAAAAGAUAACAAUAACAGUGAAAACAAAUGCAAAUUGUGUGUGAAAAAUAAUUAAAAAUUAAACAAAAAUAUUUAGAAAAUGGGCAUUUAAAAAAUCAAUUACAAAUAAUCCAAAUACCGACAAUAAGUGUUUCUAAAUUUUUGCUUGGAUCUAACGAUUUCCAUAGCUGACUUCGAACCAAUCAACAGAAAUCACAUUCAAAGGAUUACCAGCUACUUUCUCGCCAAAAGUCACAGCGAAUACCCAAAUCUGCAACAAUCGUUAAGAUUCCACUACGGCAUCGUCGGUCAUCGGUGUAAUAAAAUUGAAAAGAAAAAGAAAUUAAAAGUAAAGAAAAAUAAGAUUGCAAAAAAGUGAAAAAGAAAAAAGAAAGAAAUUAAAUUAAGCUAAGAACAAGGGCUAACGGAAGUCAAAAAAGAAGAAGAAAGAAAAGAAAAAUAGAAUUUAUGCUCGUAGUUUUACUAUCUGUCAAGUGUAGUCCAUAAAAAUUCGCCACCACGGAGUCCUGGGAUUUACAUAGUAUGGACCUCAAUAUGGAUAUAUUACCGAGUGGGAAUAUUUUCAGCGAAUUGGAACGCAUCUGCACAACCGGCUAUUUCUCAUCGCAACCAUCUAUCGAGGAUCAAUGGCAACAGACUUGCUAUGAACUGGGCCGUUAUCUGCGUGAUGAACCCAAACUGCAGUCAUACAACAAAUUACACAGCGAGAUUGAUUCAUGGGAAAUAUUCUCGGCACCUGCUCGCAUCCUGGAGGAGCUCAAGAUAAAGGAACAGCAUUUGGACUCCAUCUCAACCACAUCCUCGGUGUCGUCGCACUGUUCGGGCAUUUCGUGGGACAGUGCGGGCUCGCAGUCGCUGAGUUGCUCGGUGGUGGUUAAGAAAGAACGCAUCGAUGAUGAUGACGAAGAUGAGGCUUUGAAUUCCGACAAUGGCGAAGACAACAAGAUGAUGUUGGGCCGGCUACCGCCAUCCACUGAAUUGACACAAUCUGCGUUGCAAGCUUUGAGCACGAGUCAAAUGGUGAGUAGUACGAGCUCCACUCUCACCACCACCACUACCACCGCUGUAACACAGCAGUGCCCGCUAACGGAAAAGGCUAUCAAACUCCGGGUGUUGGCGACCAAACACGGCGGCAAUCUAAGUCCUCAAAGUGCCAGUCAUCACAACAAUCACGAUUACGCCCUACCCACCCUGACACCGCCCUCAUCUCCGGAAUCGAUACGCACGAAUAUUUCAUCAACCAGCUGCCAAACUGCUCAAAUUGACGCCAGUGAGCUAGCCGCUCUCAUACAACAGCAACAGAAGCAGCAGCGCCAGCAGCAGUCAUCGCAACAACAACAAACCCAUGUGCCACCUACAACUGCCAUCUUACGUUUUCCUUCGAAUCCCACUGCAAGCACUACAGUUCCUUUGCUACAACAGCAGCCGCAACAGCAGUCACACAACGUACAACAACAACACCAACAGCAGCAGCAGCAACAACAGAAACAGAAGCAACAACCUCAAACGAACUCCAACUCUACGCCGCAGCAGUCAACUGCCGCCGCCCACCACCAUUUGGCCAUGCAGACAUCGAGUAGCGCUGCCAAUACCGAUACGCAAGCAGUCAGUACCCAGCUGGCCACCAACAGCAGCAACACAGCCACUCCGAACACCAGCAACAUUCCACGCAGCACCAUUGUCCGCCUGACAACGAGUAACGGACAAAAGAGCGGUGGCAUCAGCCUGGCCCGGGUCAUCCAAAUGCAGGCUGGCAACAGUGGGACACUGUCGGCGGCCACUGCUGCCCUCCUCAACACAGCCCAAGCGGCGGCAGCCGCAGCUGCUGCAGCAGCAUCCAAUGGCAAUGUAUCGGCCGUGGGGAACGUUAAUGGCUUGACGGCAGCACAGAUUACCCAGAGGGGCACCCAAUUGCAGAAUCCUCAAGUGACCGCAUUGACCACAAAACCUCAUCAACGUCAGCAACAGCAAAAUCACCUCCAACAACAGCAACAAACAGCCUCACAUCAGCAGCAACCACAACAGCAUCAUCAACCGGAACAACAACAGCAGCAGCAACAACAACAACAGCAAAUCCUAUUACAACAUGAGCACAGUCCUGACGCCAAACGCCGGAUACACAAGUGUCAGUUUUUGGGUUGCAAGAAAGUCUACACAAAAAGUUCGCACUUAAAGGCUCACCAAAGGACCCAUACCGGCGAAAAACCAUACAAGUGUUCGUGGGAAGGCUGUGAAUGGCGAUUUGCCCGCAGUGAUGAAUUGACCCGCCAUUACCGUAAACAUACCGGAGCUAAACCAUUCAAGUGUCGCAAUUGCGAUCGCUGUUUUUCACGUUCCGAUCAUUUGGCGUUGCACAUGAAACGUCACAUGUAGACUGUGCCGGCAGACAGUGACGCCGUCGUCACCCCGACAAAAGUGACAACUCUUCCAGCCUCGCUUUCACCACCCACGCCCCACUCACCAACAGGAGAAAAAUGACCGACGGUCGUCUGUCAACAACAGCAACAACAAACCAUAAAUGAAAGCAGUGCAAAAUUCCUGGAAAUUAAUAAAACUGUUACGUUAUAAGAAUUACAUUAAGAACUAAAUAUACAUACAUACAUACAUAUAAAGUACUGGCAGGCAGACUCGUUGUAGAAACUGCCUACAAAAUGUAAGUAUCAAAAGCAAAGAAGAAAUCAACUGGUGUACAAAUCAAGAUCCUACAAUGCACCCUAACCCCCCAUCGGAGGAGAGAACAACCUUUGUAAGAAAAACAAAACAAAAAAAAGCAAAUUAAUUUAAGCAUUACAUGUGCCAUCAUCAUCAGCCGCAGCCGUAGCAGCAGCAUCAGCAACAUACUCUCAUUGUAUCGAUGAAAACUCUUAGAAAGCAAACUGAAUCAAAUGAUUUUCAAGAGCAAAGUUAAUCGAAAAUCAAAGAACUUUGCCAGAAGAAUAGAAAGAAAGAACGAAACAUAAUGGCACAGUGGGCACAAAUUCUGUAUUCAUUCACUUUCACUUUCUGUCAUUCCAAGUGAGUCUGUUUCCAAUGGGAGCCCACUGUGCCACUGUUUUUUCACUCGUUAAAGUUAAAAAAGAUGAAAUGUAAACAUAAAGUUUUCUCGGAGAACGACAACAAUUGUUAUGUUAGAACACAGAACAAAUCAAAUUCUUUUUACCAAAGUAAAGCAAUUAAUAAUUUUACGUUUUUACACAUAACACAUAAAGAAACACACACACACACAUACACACUCUAUUAUUAUUAAACGCUUUAGUCUAAUUGUUUUUUAUUAUUAUUAUUAUUAUUGUAAUUUUGUCAAAAUUUUGUAUUUUUUACAAAGAAUGAAAAUUAAAAAAAAAAUGGUGUAAAUGCUAAACACUGCCAAAAAUACAAAAACAAAAAAAAAACACGAUUCUGAAAAGUAAAUGAAAACAACACGAUUUUUUUAUUAUUGUAUUCCUAAGAAGAACAAACAAAAAUUGUAUUACUUUUUUAAAUUUGUUUAUUUUUAUAUUAAAAAUGUUCAAGUGCAAAUAAUCGAGAAUGUUUCAAACAUUUGUGUUAUCGAUAUACAUAAUAGAUAUUAUACAUACAUAAAAACAUACAUACAUGACUAAUAUUAAAUAGUUUCUAAGAUCAAGAAUACACUCACACAGAGACAAACACACACACACAUACGAAUGCAUGCAUAUGCAUACAUUCACAUAUAAUUUAUUGAGUUGUUGAUAAAAUUUAAAAUUAUUUGUCAAAAGCAAACAGCCCCCACCCCUCCCACUCUACGUUAACAAUAAUUUCUUUCUUUUACUUAACUUUUGGUUUACCGAUAAAGAAAAAAUGUGACAAUUUUCGAUGUCUAUCUAAAUUCCUUGUCUUUUUGUUCUAUUAAAUUUGCAAGUAUUAUCGCACGCGACUCUACCCUCCCUCCUCCCCGCCCCCAUCCCCUUUAAGAGUUAAACGAGAUUGAUAUGUUUAGGAAAACAAACAAAAAAAAAACACAAACAAAUAAAAUCGAUUACAAAAAGUGGUUGUGUAAAACUAGAUCAUCAUCACACUCACUCUCGAUUAAUUCAUCGAAAAAACAAAACAAAACAGCAACAACAAAGAUGCUUGUUUUAAUCUUUAGUCAAAAAUCUUUACUCAAAAUUUAAAAUUAAUUUCUAAAUUUAUUUUUAAAAUUAAUCAUUAUUUUAUUUUAUUACUUUUAUUAUUUUAAACCCUAUGAAAUCACACGCACACACACACUCGUCAUUAGCAAUUGAAAGUAUUGUAGUAUCCCUCUUUGUUUUAUUUCAUAUGAUUUUUAUUAUUAUUUUCUCAAUUUGAUCUUGUGGAAUUCCCUUAACAGCGAUGUUCUUUUUCAGUCAUUCUGAUUUGUAUUCUGCUCUGGAAGUACUAUAUUUCCCCCUAAAUCAUUAAGUCUAUUUUUUUUUAUUAUUUCUUUGGAUUAAAUCGAAAAAUUUAUAAUUUGUUUAGUUGCAUACAUUUUAUAAUUUUUAUUUUUUUGUAAUUGUAUUAUUACUUUUUUAAAUAAAUGCUUUAAUAAAAACGUACAAAAUCA